CUUUUAACUCCUACAAUUCAUAACUGCUUCCCUUAGAGGUAGGUUCAUAGGGGAAAAAAGAUGUCAGCUGCAGUAGGAACUUUCUCAGCAUCCAAAGAAAUUGGUUUCAACAAAAAUGAAACAAAAAAUGAAGAGUUGAGAGAAAACAAUAACAAGAACAAGAAGUUUGUUGACGAAGCUGAGAACAAAGGUCACCAUGAAGAUCAUGGUGAUGAUGAUGAUGAUCACAAUGAGAGUAAGCAUGAUGAAGAAGAUGAUGCCAAGCUGAAUUCUGAGAAGGAGUUGGACCUUGGUCCUCAGUUUUCACUCAAAGAGCAGCUUGAAAAGGACAAGGAUGAUGAAAGUUUAAGGAGAUGGAAAGAACAGCUUCUUGGGAGUGUUGAUAUGUCUGCAGUUGGAGAGAGCAAGGAACCAGAAGUUAAGAUACUAAGCCUUUCAAUCCUAUGUCCGGGCCGACCAGACAUUAUCUUGCCAAUUCCAUUUGCUUCCAAGCCUAAGAGCUGUCUGUUUAUACUAAGGGAAGGAAGCCAGUAUCGCCUUAAAUUCUCCUUCAGUGUCUCCAACAACAUUGUCUCCGGACUAAAGUACACAAACACUGUCUGGAAAACUGGUGUUAGAGUGGACAACACAAAACUGAUGUUGGGAACAUUUAGCCCUCAGAAAGAACCUUACACAUAUGAAUUGGAAGAAGAAACUACCCCUUCAGGCUUGCUAGCUAGAGGCACAUACUCGGCAAGAACCAAGUUUGUAGAUGAUGAUGGCAAAGCCUAUUUGGAUGUGAGUUACCACUUCGAAAUACAGAAGAACUGGCCAUCUCGUCCUUGAAACGCCUUAUCUACAACUUUUUUUUUUUUUUUAUUCCAUCAAAGUGUUUGUGCUUCAUUUUUUUUUUCUUACCAAUUUCCUUGUACUUUCAAUUUCGUGUUACUUUUGCCUUGCUUUUAUUUCUGUCAAUCUACAUAUCAUGCCCCCUUAUUC